ACAAACAAAAACAUCUGAAGCAGCAGCUUCAAUGAAUCCUCUCUAGCUUUCCUUUCAUAUCCACUUCCCUUAUUCUUCUUAUAGCUUCAUAUUUUUCUACAUCUGAAGCCUUGGAAACCUUGUUUGUUUUCCUAUUUCAUAUUUUUUAAGCUUUAGCUAUGAUACUGGAUCUUAACUUGAGUGUUAUUUCCGAUGGUGGUGAUAAUUCAGUUAAGAUAAUGGAGAUGGAGGUGGCGGGAGAUAAUGGUCUUCUUGGGUUAGACGGUUACAAUAGUAAUAAUAAUUAUACUAAUUACAAAAUGGAUAGUUCUGGGAGCUUCGGUUCCUCCGUCGUCAACGCCGACACCUCAACCACCGGAGGCGACGAUGACUCCUCCUCCAACGCGGCUGCCUCUGAUACUUUGGAUUUCUCCUUCGGCAUCCUCAGAGCGGCCCAACAAGAACCAGAGAAUCACAACCGGGAAACCAUUUCGCUUUUCCCGGUCGACGUCGAGGGAGGUGACGGGAAGUCAACGGAACCGUCUCUGAAGAAAUGGUUGGAUCUCGGCGGUUCCCUAGAGUCUCCGGUGUACCACAUGGACGGAGAAGUAGGCGUGGGGCAGAGGAUCUUAGCUCAUCAGCAACAACAGCAGCAAGUUCAGCAAAGGCAACGAGUGAAGAAGAGUCGACGUGGUCCCCGUUCGAGAAGUUCUCAAUAUCGUGGCGUCACGUUUUAUCGUAGAACCGGACGUUGGGAAUCUCAUAUUUGGGAUUGUGGGAAACAAGUGUACUUGGGGGGAUUUGACACAGCACAUGCUGCAGCAAGAGCAUAUGAUCGAGCUGCAAUCAAGUUUCGAGGAACUGAUGCGGAUAUUAAUUUUAACGUUGGUGAUUAUGAUGAUGAUAUUAAGCAGAUGAGUACUUUUACGAAGGAAGAAUAUGUGCAUAUCCUUCGUAGGCAGAGCACUGGUUUUUCAAGAGGAAGUUCCAAGUACAGGGGAGUUACAUUGCACAAAUGCGGCCGAUGGGAAGCUAGAAUGGGGCAACUUCUUGGCAAGAAGUACAUAUAUCUGGGGCUAUUCGAUAGUGAGAUAGAAGCUGCAAGGGCUUAUGACAAGGCUGCUAUAAAAUGUAAUGGAAGAGAAGCGGUUACCAACUUCGAGCCAAGCACAUAUGAGGGGGAGCUAAUCCUGAAAUUCGAAAAUGGAGGAAUUGUUGAUCCUCUUGUUACAGGCCAGGAUCAAGUUCUUGACCUGAACUUGGGCAUUGCUCCCCCCUGUACAUCCGAUCCGCAAAACGAUAACGAAAAUUUUAGCAACUUCGCUUACCAGCAUGGCUAUGAUGGCCUGCCUGUUGCGAGUGGUGCAAGGUUUGAGAACUCUGUUCCGGUAACAAUGAGGGUUCAAUCUAGUCUUGGCCAAGCAUUGGCAUUCAAAAACGUCCCAAACCGGAAUGUCGCAGAUCCAACUUUCUUUCCAGUUUAUAGGGAAAGAGCAAUAGACAAGAGGAUAGAAGUAGAUUCCCCACCAUGGCAAAUCCAAGGCCCUACUCUUCCCUAGUGCAGCAUCAUCAGGAUUCUCAUCUUCCAUAAUAACUUCCCCAUCAGCUGCUACAGGCCAACUUCAAAUACCCAACUGAACACACGUCCACCACCAUUAUCCUAUGGUGAUCAUGAACCUGAACCCGAACAUCUCCCAUUUCUGCUGCAGAACUGAAAGGUAGAAUAUUGCCAUUGCCAUUGCCAUUGCCAUUGCCACCCUUAUCUCAUCUACCAAAGAAAGAGAGUUCCCGUAGGCAGAGUAAUGAAAAUAUAAUUCAGGGUGCAGCCGAGAUGCUGGUAUGUAAGAAGGCUAGGCUACUUGAUUAAUAUUUCUUGUAAAGCUCAUCAAACUAAUAGCUAAUGAAUGAUGAUGUGGUGGUUGAAAUGAGCAAAAGUUGGUCAAUCAAAUUGAGGCAUAAUUGGGAAGUGGGUGUUUUAUCGUUU